UACAUUCAAAUUAUUAGUUACGGCAAUAGUGAGAGGGAGUCCGUAAAGGCACUCACAGAGCCAAAGUCCUUCCUUUUCCGCGCCAACGCUUUUCUUCUUCUUCUUCACACACACUCUCUCUCUCUCUCGUAAAUCCAAAACCAUGGCCAAAGAAGCGGAGGUGAGGCUUCCGAGACCGACACGUGUCAAAAACAAAACUCCGGCGCCGAUUCAGAUUACCGCCGAGCAGAUCCUCCGUGAAGCGCGUGAACGACAAGAAUCUGAGAUUCGGCCUCCGAAGCAGAAGAUCACCGACGCGACUGAACUCUCCGAGUACCGGCUUCGCAAGCGGAAGGAGUUCGAAGACCUAAUCCGCCGCGUGCGAUGGAAUAUCAGCGUUUGGAUCAAGUACGCGCAGUGGGAGGAGUCUCAGAAGGACUUCAAUCGAGCUCGCUCAGUUUGGGAACGAGCUCUCGAGGUGGAUUAUCGGAACCACACGCUGUGGUUGAAGUACGCCGAGGUUGAAAUGAAGAAUAAAUUCAUAAAUAACGCGAGGAACGUUUGGGACCGUGCCGUCACUCUCUUGCCAAGAGUGGAUCAGUUGUGGUACAAGUACAUUCACAUGGAAGAGAUGCUUGGCAAUGUCGCCGGAGCCAGACAGAUCUUCGAGCGGUGGAUGAGUUGGAUGCCGGACCAGCAAGGUUGGCUUUCCUACAUCAAAUUUGAGCUCCGUUACAAUGAAAUAGAGCGAGCUAGGCAGAUUUUCGAGCGGUUCGUGCAGUGUCACCCUAAGGUCGCUGCUUGGAUUCGCUACGCCAAGUUCGAGAUGAAGAAUGGCGAGGCUGCUAGGUCGAGGAAUGUCUAUGAACGAGCCGUUGAAAAACUCGCUGACGAUGAAGAAGCCGAGCAGUUAUUCGUUGCAUUCGCCGAAUUCGAAGAGCGGUGUAAGGAAUCAGAGCGUGCUAGGUCUAUCCACAAGUUCGCUCUUGAUCAUAUACCGAAAGGAAGGGCUGAGGACUUGUAUAGAAAAUUUGUAGCAUUUGAGAAACAGUAUGGAGAUAAGGAAGGAAUUGAGGAUGCCAUAGUGGGAAAGAGGAGGUUUCAGUAUGAAGAUGAAGUGAGAAAAAAUCCAUUGAAUUAUGAUUCAUGGUUCGAUUUUAUUCGAUUGGAAGAGAAUGUUGGGAAAAAGGAUAGGAUUAGAGAAGUGUACGAGCGAGCCAUUUCGAAUGUGCCUCCUGCUGAGGAGAAGCGGUAUUGGCAGCGAUAUAUUUAUUUGUGGAUUAAUUAUGCAUUGUAUGAAGAGCUUGAUGCAGAAGAUGUGGAGCGCACAAGAGAUGUGUAUAGGGGGUGUCUGAAGCUCAUUCCUCAUGAGAAAUUCUCUUUUGCAAAAUUAUGGCUUCUAGCUGCUCAAUUUGAGAUCCGGCAGCUAAAUCUCAAGGCUGCACGACAAAUCCUGGGAAAUGCAAUUGGCAAAGCUCCUAGAGAUAAGAUAUUCAAGAAGUAUAUUGAGAUAGAGCUUCAGCUUGGAAAUAUAGACCGUGGCAGAAAGCUCUAUGACAAGUAUUUGGAGUGGGCGCCUGAAAACUGUUAUGCAUGGAGCAAGUAUGUGGAGUUAGAGAGAUCUUUGUGUGAGACUGAGCGAGCUAGGGCAAUCUUUGAGCUUGCAAUUGCCCAACCAGCACUGGAUAUGCCGGAGUUAUUGUGGAAGGCAUAUGUUGAUUUUGAAAUAUCAGAGGGUGAAUUUGAAAGGACCAGAGAGCUCUAUGAGAGGCUUCUGGACAGAACUAAGCACUUGAAGGUCUGGAUAAGCUAUGCAAAGUUUGAGGCAUCUGCCAUGGAGGAGGAUGCUAAGGGUUCAGACUUGGCAGAAGAUGAUCUCCAGGAGCAUCAUCAUGAACAAAAGAAGCAAUGCAUUCAGCAUGCUAGAAGGGUUUUUGAGAAAGCCAUUAACUACUACAGAACAUCUGCACCUGAGUUAAAAGAGGAAAGAGCAAUGCUACUGGAAGAGUGGCUGAACAUGGAGAGCAGUUUUGGGGAGCUUGGUGAUAUUAGUUUAGUCCAGGCUAAGCUGCCAAAGAAGCUGAAAAAGAUGAGGCAGAUGGUGUCUGAGGAUGGUCCGGCUGGGUAUGAGGAAUACAUCGAUUAUAUGUUCCCUGAGGAAACUCAGACGACUAAUCUUAAAAUCUUGGAAGCUGCCUAUAAGUGGAAGAAGCAAAAGAUUUCUGAUGAAGACUAGCAUGGUUACCUUUUUUCGUAGAAUUGUAGCUUUUGGUGUAAAUACACAAUUGUUUUUUUUUUUUUUUUAAUGUUAAUUGGGUGAAAAUGAAGUAGUUUAGCUGCUAAUCACAUUUUUCUGGAAUGAACGAUUGCACCCCCAAAAUCAGUUGAGGGAACUUAAGAGUUGUACAGAGUGUCUAGAUUAGAUUCUGAGAAUUUAUUAUCAUAGUGAUGAAAAAAGCAUAUCCUUCUAGGCUGAAAUUUAUUUUAUCAAUUCCUGAAAUGCACUUUGAACUGAUUGUUGAUUAUA